AUGGCAUGCCACUGUUUUACGAAAAUUAAUUGGCCAUAUGUUGUACUCAUUUUCAAUGUACCCACAGAACCCACUGUACAACCAACUCCACCACCACCUGAAGCAUCGCAACAAACUCCCUUACAACCUGCUUCACAGUCUUUGCCACAGCAAUCCACACAGUCUGCAUCACAACAUCCUUCCACUUCUCCUCAACACAUUCAUCAAAUUCCCAGUCCAAUCAGUAAUGUACCCACAGAACCCACUGUACAACCAACUCCACCACCACCUGAAGCAUCGCAACAAACUCCCUUACAACCUGCUUCACAGUCUUUGCCACAGCAAUCCACACAGUCUGCAUCACAACAUCCUUCCACUUCUCCUCAACACAUUCAUCAAAUUCCCAGUCCAAUCAGUAAUGUACCCACAGAACCCACUGUACAACCAACUCCACCACCACCUGAAGCAUCGCAACAAACUCCCUUACAACCUGCUUCACAGUCUUUGCCACAGCAAUCCACACAGUCUGCAUCACAACAUCCUUCCACUUCUCCUCAACACAUUCAUCAAAUUCCCAGUCCAAUCAGUAAUGUACCCACAGAACCCACUGUACAACCAACUCCACCACCACCUGAAGCAUCGCAACAAACUCCCUUACAACCUGCUUCACAGUCUUUGCCACAGCAAUCCACACAGUCUGCAUCACAACAUCCUUCCACUUCUCCUCAACACAUUCAUCAAAUUCCCAGUCCAAUCAGUAAUGUACCCACAGAACCCACUGUACAACCAACUCCACCACCACCUGAAGCAUCGCAACAAACUCCCUUACAACCUGCUUCACAGUCUUUGCCACAGCAAUCCACACAGUCUGCAUCACAACAUCCUUCCACUUCUCCUCAACACAUUCAUCAAAUUCCCAGUCCAAUCAGUAAUGUACCCACAGAACCCACUGUACAACCAACUCCACCACCACCUGAAGCAUCGCAACAAACUCCCUUACAACCUGCUUCACAGUCUUUGCCACAGCAAUCCACACAGUCUGCAUCACAACAUCCUUCCACUUCUCCUCAACACAUUCAUCAAAUUCCCAGUCCAAUCAGUAAUGUACCCACAGAACCCACUGUACAACCAACUCCACCACCACCUGAAGCAUCGCAACAAACUCCCUUACAACCUGCUUCACAGUCUUUGCCACAGCAAUCCACACAGUCUGCAUCACAACAUCCUUCCACUUCUCCUCAACACAUUCAUCAAAUUCCCAGUCCAAUCAGUAAUGUACCCACAGAACCCACUGUACAACCAACUCCACCACCACCUGAAGCAUCGCAACAAACUCCCUUACAACCUGCUUCACAGUCUUUGCCACAGCAAUCCACACAGUCUGCAUCACAACAUCCUUCCACUUCUCCUCAACACAUUCAUCAAAUUCCCAGUCCAAUCAGUAAUGUACCCACAGAACCCACUGUACAACCAACUCCACCACCACCUGAAGCAUCGCAACAAACUCCCUUACAACCUGCUUCACAGUCUUUGCCACAGCAAUCCACACAGUCUGCAUCACAACAUCCUUCCACUUCUCCUCAACACAUUCAUCAAAUUCCCAGUCCAAUCAGUAAUGUACCCACAGAACCCACUGUACAACCAACUCCACCACCACCUGAAGCAUCGCAACAAACUCCCUUACAACCUGCUUCACAGUCUUUGCCACAGCAAUCCACACAGUCUGCAUCACAACAUCCUUCCACUUCUCCUCAACACAUUCAUCAAAUUCCCAGUCCAAUCAGUAAUGUACCCACAGAACCCACUGUACAACCAACUCCACCACCACCUGCGUGUCUGAAUGCUGUUGGUUCUUGGUGCCAUAUUGGAUUCCAGCUGUUCCGGACUCCAUCGGCAGGGUUAUGCAUUGGGCCCCGAAUGAUGGGCUCUGGUUAUUUAUAG